AUGGCACCAGCUGUGGCCCGGCUCCUUUUCCUUCAGCUUGUUCUAGGACAAACUCUGGUCCUGAACAUCCAGCUGCAGACUACUGUCAAGAACUUCCAAACUUUACACAUCGACUAUCCCAGGGUUCACUACCCAGAGGGUUUCCAGGGCUACUGUAACGGUGUGAUGGCCUAUGUGCGGGGCAAAAUGCAACACUGGUAUUGCCCAAAGAUCCAUUAUGUGAUCCAUGCCCCCUGGAAAGCCAUCCAGAAGAACUGCAAAUAUAGUCAUAACUUCUGUGAGAACUACAGUGAAUACUGCACACUUACUGAGGACUCCUUCCCUAUCACGAUCUGCUCCCUGGGGAUGGAACAGACACCCACCAGCUGCCACUACAAUAGCACCUUAACUAAUCAAAAACUCUACCUGCUCUGCUCUGGCAAGUAUGAAGCUGAACCGAUAGGUAUCAUAGGCCACUACUAG